AUGUCUUAAAAACAAAAAAAACUUGGUUUAGUGUCUGUGCUUGAAAAGUGAUGAAACACAUAAACUUGUAAGUUCUCAUGAGAAUAUGGAAUAUUACUUGUCAGCGUGGCAUUAUUGAUGAAGAAAUUUGCAUACUAACCUAAGAUAUACUACACUAGUUUCCUUCUUGGGUAACCAACUGGUUUAAUAGACCAGAGCUGGAUUUUCCAAACUUGGUUCUCCAGCUGUUUUUGGACUACAACUACAACUGAGCUAGUAGGAUUAGUGGUCAGGGAUGAUGUAAACAGUAGUCCAAAAAUAGCUGGAGACCCAAGUUUGGGAAACCCUGGACUAGAGGAAAACAGCAAAGUUUGGAAUGUGGUCUCAUGUGAUAGUUUGAUUCAGGAGCAGUUGUUGAGCAAGGUGCUGCUGAAGAGCAUGUCUCCAGAGCCAGUUGGGCACUUUUGAUUCAGUGGAGAGAAUAGGUGAUAUUUUUUUCCUGAUUCCUGUCUGCAGCCAGCUGAAUCAGCUUUAGAGAGCUGAGGAACCCUUCAGAGCAGCAUGCAAGGUGUAUUGGGGUGAGAGGUGGGAACUGGUGAAAAUCAUCUCCCCCUCUUCUGUUAGUGGAUGUAUCUGCGGGUUCAAAACUAGCUCUUUGGGAUCUCAGCUAGAGGACUUUCUUGUUAGCCUGCUAUAAGAUCCCUUUUAACUGAAGGCAUCAGGGAUUGAAUCUGGGUUCUUCUGCAUGCAAAGCAUGUCCUACUGAUAUAGGUUCCUCUUCAACAUGCUGAAUCUGUUCUCUUGGAGUUUUGAUUUUUUUAAUAUCCUUACAAUGCCAUAUAAAGUUUUCACAUACACUAUAAGCUAAAACAUUUGGUUGAUGGUGACACUUUGAUUUUUAUAAUAGUAGUGUGUCUUCACUUCAAGAUUUGUUAGAGAUUUCCUCUAAAUACAAGCACUGAAAUGCUCAGACAUUUAAGAAAGUUGCCAAUAUAUGCUAAGUUUCGGAUGGAAGCUUGUGUGCUCCCUUCCUCUUUCUUAUUUGCCAAGUAUUGAAGUCUCUUAUUUAUAGACUCCUUUUUAAAGUGUCAGAAAUGUCUUUGGGGUUCUGAGCUUCUUUGAAUACAUUGAUUAAGAUUAAAUAUUGCUAAACAAAUGGUAAAACGAUUAGUUUGACUGUAGGCCUUUACUCAUCUGGGAUUAAGCCCCACUGAACUUACUGGUACUUACUUCUGAGAGGUAUGUGUAAAAUUGCAGUGUUAAAGCAACAUCUAAAAUAUUGAUAAGGAUAACAUACAUAAUUCUCAUUGAAAUAAACAUAUAGGGUCGUUUCAAACACUGCUGUUCCACUAGUGCAGCAGAUUUGUAUUUCCACAAUGGACCUUUAUUGUUCUUUUCCCUGCAGUGCCCCCAUGAACCCUCAAAAUUUGAUCCAGAGGGCUGAAGAAGCCUCCAGAGCUGAUUUUUGGGUGUACAGGAAGAGGAUGUGCACAGUCCUGGAUGCAAGCUUAUGUAUAUGUUCUUUCAUUUUACAGUGAGGAAAUUUUGAAGAAAGACAGUAUAAAUGGUAGACACUUGCAUUUCUAAGCAGUUACACCAUUUGCAGUGUUUUGUGGCUCAGUCGGCGUACCUGAAUCUUCCAUGUACAUCACCGAAAAUAAUAUUGUCUGCACUGAACUUGGGUGGUGCUGGUGGAGGAUGGAGAAACCUUGUGGCGGAAUCUGGUUGCAAGAAAUCUUUGAAUUUCUUUAAGAGAUAGCUCAACAUUCUAAUGACAUCACAGACUAUUCUUGUGCCCCUUGGUAACCACAUUAGAACAUUGAGUUGGUGUUUGUGUGUGUGGUGAAUAAAUGUUUAAUGAAGGCAGUUUUUGUAAAACUAUUUAAAAUACUUGAAAAUAAUCCUUUCAAAGGAUUCUUAGAAAAGCUUUAUAAAGAAAACACUUCAGAGAUGACUAUGGAUGAAAAAUAUGUAAACAGCAUUUGGGAUCUUCUGAAAAACGCAAUUCAAGAGAUUCAGCGUAAGAACAACAGUGGUCUCAGCUUUGAGGAACUCUAUAGGAAUGCAUAUACUAUGGUAUUACAUAAACACGGCGAGAAACUAUACACUGGACUACGAGAAGUGGUUACUGAGCAUCUCAUAAACAAGGUGCGAGAAGAUGUGCUAAAUUCAUUAAAUAACAACUUCCUUCAAACAUUAAACCAAGCAUGGAAUGACCAUCAAACAGCAAUGGUGAUGAUUAGAGACAUUCUGAUGUAUAUGGACCGUGUAUAUGUACAACAAAAUAAUGUGGAAAAUGUCUACAACUUGGGAUUAAUUAUCUUUCGAGAUCAAGUUGUACGUUACGGGUGUAUUAGGGAUCAUCUACGACAGACAUUGUUGGACAUGAUUGCAAGGGAACGGAAAGGAGAAGUUGUGGACAGAGGAGCAAUCAGAAAUGCUUGUCAGAUGUUAAUGAUUCUAGGCCUUGAAGGAAGAUCUGUCUAUGAAGAAGAUUUUGAAGCCCCAUUUUUAGAGAUGUCAGCAGAAUUCUUUCAGAUGGAGAGCCAGAAGUUUUUAGCAGAAAAUAGUGCUUCAGUUUAUAUCAAGAAAGUAGAAGCUAGAAUUAAUGAAGAAAUAGAACGUGUGAUGCACUGCCUUGAUAAAUCAACUGAAGAGCCAAUUGUAAAAGUGGUUGAGAGAGAGCUUAUUUCCAAACAUAUGAAGACUAUAGUGGAAAUGGAGAAUUCUGGUCUAGUUCACAUGCUAAAAAAUGGAAAAACAGAAGAUCUUGCUUGUAUGUACAAGCUGUUUAGCCGUGUGCCGAAUGGUCUUAAGACAAUGUGUGAGUGCAUGAGCUCCUACCUCCGAGAGCAAGGUAAAGCUCUUGUAUCUGAAGAAGGAGAAGGAAAGAACCCAGUUGACUAUAUUCAGGGUUUACUGGAUUUGAAGAGUAGGUUUGAUCGCUUCCUUCAAGAAUCUUUCAAUAACGACAGGCUCUUCAAACAAACCAUUGCGGGUGACUUUGAGUAUUUCCUCAACCUUAACUCUAGGUCUCCAGAGUACCUCUCAUUAUUUAUUGAUGACAAGUUAAAAAAAGGAGUCAAGGGACUAACUGAGCAAGAAGUAGAGACUAUAUUGGACAAGGCAAUGGUUUUGUUUAGGUUUAUGCAAGAGAAGGAUGUUUUUGAACGAUACUAUAAACAGCACUUGGCAAGGAGGCUUCUAACAAACAAAAGUGUUUCAGAUGACUCUGAGAAAAACAUGAUAUCUAAGCUAAAGACUGAAUGUGGAUGUCAAUUCACAUCAAAACUGGAAGGAAUGUUCAGGGAUAUGAGCAUCUCAAAUACAACAAUGGAUGAAUUUAGGCAACAUCUACAGGCAACAGGGGUCUCAUUAGGUGGUGUUGAUCUGACAGUGCGGGUUCUCACAACAGGCUACUGGCCUACUCAGUCGGCCACACCAAAGUGCAACAUUCCCCCAGCCCCCAGACAUGCUUUUGAAAUAUUUAGGAGAUUUUAUUUAGCCAAACAUAGUGGAAGGCAGCUGACACUCCAGCAUCACAUGGGCUCUGCAGAUCUCAAUGCCACCUUCUAUGGUCCUGUUAAAAAGGAAGAUGGCUCAGAGGUUGGUGUAGGAGGCGCCCAAGUAACUGGCUCUAACACUCGGAAGCACAUAUUGCAAGUCUCCACUUUCCAGAUGACGAUACUAAUGCUCUUUAACAACAGAGAAAAAUACACUUUUGAGGAAAUACAACAGGAGACAGAUAUCCCCGAAAGAGAGCUUGUACGAGCGCUACAGUCCCUUGCGUGUGGAAAGCCAACACAACGGGUUCUCACAAAAGAGCCGAAAUCAAAAGAAAUAGAAAAUGGACACAUAUUUACAGUGAAUGACCAGUUCACAUCCAAACUGCACAGAGUCAAGAUUCAAACAGUUGCUGCCAAACAAGGAGAAUCGGACCCAGAAAGAAAAGAGACAAGACAGAAAGUAGAUGAUGACAGAAAACAUGAGAUAGAGGCUGCAAUAGUCCGGAUAAUGAAAUCUAGGAAGAAGAUGCAGCAUAAUGUUCUAGUAGCAGAGGUAACUCAACAACUGAAGGCACGAUUCCUACCAAGUCCAGUUGUUAUUAAAAAGCGUAUUGAAGGACUUAUUGAGCGUGAAUAUUUGGCACGAACACCUGAGGACCGCAAAGUAUACACUUACGUAGCAUAAAAUGUGUUCCGCAAAUAUGAUUUAUUCUUGGACUAUACUCUUCGCAUGAACUGGGAAGUUCUUUUAAAUCAUUAAAUAUUAAGACGACCAUCUCUUCUAUUAAAUUACAAUACAUGUUCUAGAUCAUUCAGAUCAAGCCUUUUCUCCUUCGGAGAGUUUUUCAACAUCAAAAUGAUUGAGCUUCAAGCUUCUCAGCGUUUAUCCCAGUAGAAAUCAUCCUUACAGUUCCUCGGGAAAAUGUGAAUGUGCCGCGUUUUGUUUUCAAUACUGUAUGAAAACAGGAAAAAAUAAAAUAAAAACAAAUUUAGAAAAUACAGCUCAUUAAAAAAUAAAAUUGUUGGAAUUUCAUUUCCCCGGAUCUUCAGUGUUGAUGUAAAUGUGUUUUCUGUAGUGUUGCUUAGCACUUUGCGCAUUGUAUACAUUGGGUUACAAGAAAAACACAGGUGGUAAGACUGAAUUUCCAAAAAUACUGCUCUGCUUUGGACAUUUCUUUAAAGAGCCAUGUUUAAUUUAAAUAUUUGGUGAAUUUAUAAAGACCUGAUAACACAGUUUUGGCAUGCUUUACUUCUCCACCUGCAUUCAUUCAUGUUCCAGCUAAUAUGAUCGGGAACCUUUUUUUCUGGGCACAGUUAUGGGCUGUAAUAUUUGGCCUUCCCUUUUGUAGUUUGAGUUCUUCCAAAUUAAGUUUCAUACUGAUUAGGUUUGAUCUGGUUCCUUUAUAGGAGAAAUGGGAAGAAAUGUAGUGUGUAUAAACUGUAUGAUACUUUUUGCUGUUGUACUCACUGCUCAUAGUGGACUGUACAGAGCGAUGUUUUUAUUUCACUCAAUGUAGACAAAACAAAUUUAAAAUAAAUGGAUUUAGUGUACAAGGAGCACUAAUUCAAGUGUAUUUAGAGCACAGGGAUGACAAUUUAUUAAACUAAAUAUUGCCCCUUGGAGAAGCACAUUAGCCUGCACUCUAUUCACAAAGUAGAGAGGGGGUUAUGGCUUUUGAUUUCCCACUUUUCAGAAGGUUCGAGUGAAGCCAUUGUGCACUAUUAAUUUACUGUUUUAAAAUGCAAUCUAAAAAUGCAAUAAAUAUUGUUACUUUGAUCUUAAUGAAA